CUACGUUAAUUCUUCGAAAGCUCUCAACAUCGACACGUUACGUAUCUCCCUGCGCGUGCUUCUACCCAAUUGAUCGCAUGGCGAGCAUAAUUUUAUAUUGCAACAAUCUUUUCAUCAUUUAAAUUCGAAAUCUUUAAACGAAGGCGCUUACUGCACAGGAAAAGGAGAGCAGAAUCAAUGGCUUCUACCUCGGGUGUUACAGAGGAGGAGAGCUGCUCUUCAAGUCCAAGCUCGGUGUACCAUCACAGGAGAAGAGGAAGAGGAAGUGGAAGGGAAUUCACCUACACGGAAGAAACCGAGAUUCUUUCCCUUCCCAAACAAGAAAACCAAGCCGCCGAUGAAGUAAGUGGAAUUAUAUUGAAGCCGGCAGAAUGGAUCAUAAAAUUGUUAACUUUGCAGGUAAAAACUAUCCUUCACAUUUCUGCAAUAAUAAGCCGCGUAUUGAAUUUGUGCUGGUCUGCGGUGGCAGAGCCGGUGCACAGAACGGUGCAAGCGAAGGACAGGGCCACAGAAGUAGUGACUCAAAACAUAGCCAUGAUUUCGAAGGUUCCUCCCAGGGUUACCGAGGGCGGAGGUCUUGUCUUGAGGAAGUUGGGAUUUGGUUGCAUGGCCGCCACUUAUGUAUGUGUCAUGCUCGUUGUACUUUUGUUCUUUUCGCUACUUCUCGGCAUUGCCUUUGUUUCAGUGUGGGUUGAGGAGCCCGUGAUUAUAAGAAAGCCCUUGUAUUUUGAUUACACGGAGUCCAAUCCCAGCGCAAUUGUGCCAUUGGUUCCCUAUAACCGCGAAAAGGUUCCUGGAAGAAGAAUCAUUCCAGCUGGACACAAGUUCUCUGCAGUUGUAACCUUUGUUAUGCCACAGUCAGAUCACAACCGCCAUGUUGGGAUGUUUCAGGUAAUGGCAGAGCUCAUUUCUGGUGAUGAUAAGGUUCUUGCCCGAUCUAGCCAGCCAUGUAUGUUGCCUUUCAGGAGUGCCCCAGUUCAGCUUGCUAAAACUUUUUUAACGAGUCUUCCUCUAUUGAUGGGUAUUCUAGGCGAAACUGAGACUGUGGUGAUUCACCUGAUUGAUUACAAGGAGAAGAUAAUCCCAACAGAAAGUGUGAAAAUAAUAUUGCAACCAAAAGCAUUGACAUCAGGAUUGCCUGAAUUGUAUUCUGCUGAAAUUGAUAUUCGUUCUCAGCUUCCUUGGAAUAAAGAGUUUUCUCGGAAAUGGAAAUGGACAUUUUGUGUAUGGUAUACUUUAGCUUUCUACAUUUUUCUUGUGAGUUUAACUGUUUGUUUCUGCAAGCAAGUUCUUUUGCUAAGAUCAACACCAAUAGGCAAGAGAGAUAACAAGAAGACAAACAAAGAUGAACAAGGAUUGCAUAAUGUGACGAUAGAUAGCAGAAUGUCUGAGCCAGGUAGGAGGCAUAGUCGUAAUAUAAACAAACAUGUUGCUUUUGUGCAUGAAUCACUGCCUAUAUCUUUGCAACAUGGUACCAUGACUUCUAAUGAAAGACUUGGAGAACAUGGAGAGAGGAGUGAAAUUGUAGAGGAAUCUGUCACAUAUUAGAAUAAUUCAACCUUUUCAAGUAUGAGCAUAUGCUGUACAGAAGUCACAAUGCAACAUGGGUGAUGGAAUUGUUUUCAGGAUGAAGCUCAAGGCACAACAUCAGAAUUACAGUUGGAUAGAAUCUCAGCAGAACUCAGUAUUGGCAUAUUGUGUGACUUUGGAUGACUCUGGUAAGAACUUUCAAUCACGGUAGACUCUGUUGCAGUAUGCAUACAGCCUUGUAAAGAACACAUCUGAGUAAUAUAAAUAAAAAUUUAAUCUGUGUUAACGUA